AUCAAACUCAUGACCCCCUUUUCCCACCCAAAAGUCAUCCCUACCACAGCUUCAAGAUAGAAACGGUGACCCCCUUUUCCCAAUCUCCCCGUCUGUGUUCUCAGAUUCUUCGACUAGGUAGAGACACAUGAUAGAACCCACCAACAUUUGCAUACAACACCAACCAAUGCUUAGUUGUUCCUCUCACAUUGGGUAUUAGAGAUUGGUAUCGACGCUUGGGUAUGAAGUGGGCGUCGCCGCAAGAACCCACCCCGCGAGAUGAUGAAGAAGCCGACUCGAUGGACAGGGAAAUUGAGGAUAAUAGAAGAGAUCAAAGUCGGACGAGAGCGGCGACGGAGGCGGCGGCAGGACGGUAGAGAUUCCUCCUCUGCAUCCUCUCGUCUUCACCUGCGAACCCUCGACGCCGUUGACUUGGCUGGGAAUGGUGAUGCAAGUGGCAUCGGAGUGUGGGGUGAAUCCCAACACCUGCUCCGGUUGCAGGCAAGGAGGGUAUUAUAUGAUCUCCAUGGACACAACACAUCCUUCAUCUUCACCGCCAUCUCGUUUUCCUUCAUUUCCUGUGCCUCUUCGAUCGUCCCAAGGAAGAAAGCAGAGUUGUUGAUUAACUCAAUUUUUAGGUCGGGUGGGUCAAACAAGAAGGUUGGGUUAUGGGUUGGGAUUUUUGAAGUGACAGGUAGGGGUUUUAUUUUAUGAUGUGGCAGAUUAAAUUUGGCUGAUUAGACACUUCUGUUAGCCACGUCAGCAAAAUACUGACGGUGUUAAUGGAGGCCAACGGAGCCUAACGGAGAGUGACGAAAUGUGAAAUAUUUAACCACUUUCAGUGACCACGAAUGAAAUAAAAUACUUUUAGUGAUCAAA